UGGGGCAAACCGCGCGCAUACGCAGUUUAUUUUGGUUAUACCCCGGAGUUGAACGUGUUGCUGAAUCUGUUUGUGAAGUGGUGCUUGGGAUAAGGAUUACUAAUAAACAGAUAACUCUAUCCAACUUAACUUGGUUUUAGCGACAAGGCAGCGUUUGUAGAGCUGCGUUUAUGGAGAUCUUUCAGAGCAUCUAAAUUGUAUUUUUUGUGAUUCAUUAAAAUCAAAGUAGCAUUAACUUCAUGUGUAAUCUGUUAUCAAAGAUACUAAUUAAGUGCUGUGUGAUUCUGACAAUCUUCUACUUCGUUCCGACGAAUUGUGUCGUAAUUGAACUAGUGCGAGUGUGAGGAUGUGAUGGAGGAGGGCAGGCUGGUGUUCUGGAAGGGCGGCGUGUGGGAGGGCGGCGCGCCCACCAUCAGCUGCAACACGUGCAAGAAGCGGAGGGCGGAUAGAAUGGCAGCGAAUGACCGCCCGCCCGGCGAGCUGAAGAAGCUGUCGGAGGAGAGCCUGACGCGGCAGCCGGAGGAGGUGUUCGACAUCAUCUGCAAACUCGGCGAGGGCUCAUAUGGCAGCGUCUACAAGGCGCUGCACAAGGAGAGCGGGCAGGUGCUGGCGAUCAAGCAGGUGCCGGUGGACACGGACCUGCAAGAGAUCAUCAAGGAGAUCAGCAUCAUGCAGCAGUGCGACUCGCCGUACGUCGUGAAGUACUACGGCAGCUACUUCAAGAACACGGACCUAUGGAUAGUGAUGGAGUACUGCGGCGCGGGUUCCGUGUCGGACAUCAUGCGGCUCCGCAAGAAGACGCUCUCGGAGGACGAGAUCGCCACCAUCCUGUGCGACACGCUCAAGGGGCUGGAGUACCUGCACCGACGACGCAAGAUACACAGGGACAUCAAGGCGGGGAAUAUACUGUUGAACACCGAGGGCCACGCGAAGUUGGCUGACUUUGGAGUGGCUGGACAGUUGACUGACACAAUGGCGAAACGCAACACAGUAAUAGGGACGCCAUUUUGGAUGGCGCCGGAGGUGAUACAAGAGAUCGGCUACGAUUGCGUCGCGGACGUGUGGUCGCUCGGCAUCACCGCGCUCGAGAUGGCGGAGGGGAAACCUCCCUACGGCGACAUACAUCCCAUGCGAGCUAUAUUCAUGAUACCCACCAAACCCCCGCCUAGUUUCCGAGAGCCAGAUCAAUGGUCGCCAGAGUUUAUUGAUUUCGUUAGUCAGUGUCUCGUCAAGAAUCCGGAGGAGCGAGCGACGGCGGAGUAUUUACUCACACAUGAGUUUAUAGGUAACGCGAAGCAGCCGAGUAUACUGAGCACGAUGAUCGCGGAGGCGCGCGAGAUCCGCGAGAGCCAGCCCUACCGGAGCGCGCACGCCGCCGCCGCACGCGCAGCGCAGGGUGGUAUAUCGGAGGCGGCAGACGAGGGCAUGGCGACGAUGCGGCGGGACGGCACGCUCGUGCCGACGCGCGACGACCUGGCGCAGGACCUCGGCACCAUGGUCAUCAACGAUCACGACGACCACGACGAUCACGACCACGACAGAGACCUCGCCACCAUGAAGAGGCACGACACGGACCCUAUGGACGGGACGCGGCCGCGGUACCGGCCGCUGUUCCUCGACCAUUUCGACCGCAAGGAGCUCGCCGCCAACGGACACUCCCGCGACGGUCGGCACGGAGCUGCCGCGCGCGUUGUUGGACGAGGGGAACUUCGAAUUCGUAAGUCAACUGCACGUCGUCACCCUGCUCGCGCUCGCGCCGCCUGUCGAUGCUGUCGGAGGGCGAGCUGGAGGCGUGCAUGGCGCGGCUGGACGCCGAGAUGGAGGCGGAGAUCGAGCGCCUGCACGCGCGGUACGAGCGCAAGCGCCGCCCCAUACUCGACGCCAUCACGCUCAAACGCCAGCGUCAGCAGAACUUCUAGCGCCGCGCCGCUAGGGCCUAGCCAGCAGUCGAUAGUGUGUAGCAGCCGCAGCAGCAAUGUUGCUACAGCGCAGAAGUGUUGUUAAAGUGCAGCGGAAGCAUGUGCAUCAACAAUAUUGCUUCGAGCAGCAACCGCAGAAAUGUUGUAAAAAUGUGUAGAAGCCGUAGCAAAAUUGCUAAGGUGUAACAGUAGCAUCGUUGAAUUGAGCAGGGAUUGCUGUAAAAAUGCUACUAUUUGUAGCAUUCGCUGCGUUUGGAUGGAAAGCAUUUCAUUAUUUUGUUGCUCACAGCCAUAUUAUGCCGUUUGUGUGACGUAGCUAAAGUGCGCCUAAAGUUUGAAGUGGGUCUAAUAGGGCUUUCUAAUAUUUUACUGGCCCCGAGAAGAUUGUACUAUUUGCAACAAAUUUAUAUAUGCUUUGAAAAGGCCUAUUUGAGUCGUGGUCACGUUUAUUUGCGUCGUAUAUGCGUAUACGAAUAAUUUAGUCGGUGCUUACGGGGGAUGCCAAAUAUAAGGACGUUCCUAAAAUCCAACAUGUAUUGUGAUUGGCCAAAUUUUUCCAAAUCUUUUACAAUCGGCGAUAAUUUUGUAAUUCGUAGGUGUAGUAACUUGUUGACUUAGUGUAGACAUUGAUUUGUACGUAAGUGGCAACUCGAACAUAUCUAUUUAGGGACGACUCGCUUCGCCAGGUGGCGCUUUAUCAAGGGUUUCCGUGUGAGACAAUUCAGUUCUGUCUCAUGUGAAAACCGCGCAUAAUAUUAAUUAUUAUUGUAGCUUAGAGUUUGAAUUUAAAAACUUGUCGCUUUAUUACACUGAACUUGUUUUAUUUGCUUGUUGUUUAAAAGUAUAAUUGUUUAAUCACAUACAUUAGUAGGUCUAACUAAAAGUUUAAUUUGCUAAAUGCAGAAACUCAGACAAUGCAAUGGCGCGAACCCCGACCAUUGACAUUGACAUUUUGAUAAUUACUUUUUUAUCUUAAAAUAAUAAGGCAUUGAACAAUUAUAAUGUAAGUAUUAUUGAAAUACUACCGUUGUAAGACCAACAUGUGAAU